AUGUCUCAGCAAUUUCCUGCUCGCCCAGUUGUCGCUCCUCUACAGUCCUCCAGUGCCCAGAUCUCCAGCUACAGCAGCAGCUCAAGCCUCGCCUCGCCCUCUCCCCAGUCCGCAGCGCCUCUCUCCUCGCCAACCAUGCCAAAUUCCCAGCAGCAGCAAUUCUUUGGCUCUCUGAACCAGCCUCAGCAACAACAGUCCCAGCAGCAGCAGCAGCAGCAACAACACCCAAUGCAGCUCCAGAGACAUCCCAGCUACGAGUACCAUCCCAACAGACAAGGAGCUGGUGCAACUCAGAACGAGACCGCAGCAUACCUGAACUCAGCAGCUUUGCUGGCAGAGGCGGCGAAACGUGCCUCGAUACAAGUCGUUAUGAGGGACAUCGAAGAGAUGGAACUCUAA